AGGAGAAGAGGGAGAGAUGAAUAAGAGAAGAGGAGCUGUGAAGUAGAGAUGAGUAUUUUGUCAGAUUUUUGUUUUAUAUCUUAAACCCAUUUGGUCUACAGCUUUUCUGGGCCUCACUGUAACAGGGCACAAUGUUUAAUAGUAAUGAUGAAACUUUACUCGUGUUUCUAUUGAUAAAAAGUUAAAACAAACAAACAAAAAAGACUUUAAAUCCAGGCUAAUGUUGGAGGAGCUUUCAGUGUGUGGAAAUUCUCCCAGUGAUGAUUAUCUAAGGAAUUCGGGCUCAAACACAUAAGUUUCUGCAGCAAUUCCUGAAAGUCGACAGGAUGUUUGUCACUUCAGCUGGAACUCAUCAGAGCAGCUUGUGUAGAUGUUUACUGUGUGUUUUGUGUGUAUUCAGCUUCAUUCCUGCUUCUCCUACAGUCUUGAGCAUUUCUCACGUUGUACUUCAUGGCUGAAGUGACCGACGCCGUGGCUCUGCUGAGCCUCGAGGAAGAUCUGACAUGCAGCAUCUGCUUGGGUCCUUUCAACGAGCCGGUGAGUCUGAACUGUGGCCACAACUUCUGCCAAACGUGUCUCCAGGAGACUUGGAGCAGUACGAGUUCUUACUUCUGCCCUCACUGCCGCACACAUUACCACACCAAGCCAGACCUGAAGAAGAACACGGUGCUCAGCGUGGUGGUGGAAACCGUCAGGGCCAAAGCUGGAAGUGGCAUGGGGUCAGACGAAGGGACAGACGGCGUCUUCGGUGCCGCCGGCGCGAUGCGCUUAUCACGUCCCGAGCCCAAACCCAAACCUGUCAUGUGUGACAUAUGCAAAAAGGUCAAGGCAGUAAAAACAUGUCUGACUUGCAUCACGUCGUUCUGCUCAGAGCACGUGCGCCCUCACACGGAGAACUCACGAUUCCGCACGCACGAGCUGUGCGAGCCGCCCUCCGACCUCGCGGAACGCCUGUGUCCAGAUCACGGGAAGCUGAUGGAAUUCUUCUGUGUGCGGCACAAGAGGAGCAUCUGUAGCAGCUGUUUGCAGCAGAGUCAUAAGGUGUGCGGGUUCUCCACCCCCAGCGAACAGCGCACGAAGAUCGAGACGGAUCUGAGGGACAAGCUGAACUUUCUGGAUGGGAAAACGGAAAAGAACCAGACGGCCAUAACACAGAUGAGGGAGCAGCAAAACAAGCUCAAGGACAUGUUGGCGGUGCGUAAGCGCGCUCUGGAGGCCGAGUAUCAGCAGAUCCGGGACAUGCUGCAGAGGGACGAGCGAGAGGCCAUGGACGCUCUGGAUAAAGAAAUGGAGAGCGGCAACACCAAGCUCAACACCCUGAUCAAGAAAUUUAACCAGAACAUUGAGCAGAUGAGCUCCACCAGAGAUGAGAUCACCAACCUGUUGGCCAGAUCUCACUCUCUGGACUUCUUACAGGCAUCUGUGGAAUUGCCCUUUGUGGUGAAGUUUGAACCUUACUGCCCUCGGAUCCACCUGGAUUCUCAGUGUGUCAUCGCGUACCACUCCAACAUCGUUUACCUGAAGAAAAUCCUGCGUGAGCCGGUGGAGAACAGGAUAUUCCUCCACAAACCAGGUGGCGGCGGAGCUUCAGGUAAUCCUCCAAACCCGAGGGAACCUGGUCCUGCCCCACGUGAAGACUUUGGAUCACAGCCCAAAGGUGGUCCUGGAGGAUCAAGGAGGAAACCACAACCGAGAGACAAAAAGGAGAACCAAGAUCACAACGAGCGCAAAGAUCCCAGAGAUCACGAGCGCAAAGAUCCCAGAGAUCACGAGCGCAAAGAUCCCAAAGCAGAAAAAAGUGGACGAGGUCCUAGCGAAGGAAUGGAUUCGGCGUUGUCCAGUAGCCUCAACAUCCUGAUUAAUAUAAAUAACAAACCUCCUGUUCCUGUUCCAGUGGAUAGUCCACCAUCAACCAUCAGCCCUGCUAUAAGGAGUGAACUGCUGAAGUAUGCCACCAUGCUCACCUUUGACUUCAGCACGGCACAUAAUCAAGUGGCUCUCUCUGAGAACAACACCAAGGCGUCCGUAUCAGACGAUCCGUCUCCGUACCCAGACAUCCCACCUCGCUUCACUACGUUUUGGCAGGUGCUCUGUAAUCAGAGCUUUUCUCACGGCCGUCAUUACUGGGAGGUUAAAAUGAGCAGCAAUAACUUCUGUGGUUUGGGUCUGGCGUACGGCUCCAUCGAUCGGAAAGGUCCUUCCAGCCGUCUGGGCCGGAACACGCAGUCCUGGUGUAUCGAGUGGUUUAACAUCAAGCUUUCGGCGUGGCACAACAGCAGCGAGACCGUGCUGACCAACCCGAACCCGAGCCGCGUGGGUGUCCUGCUCGACUGUGAUAACUGCACCGCCACCUUCUAUAACGUGCAGGACCGCGCCUACCCCAUCCACACCUUCGUCUUUCCUUUCACCCAGCCCGUGUACCCGGCCUUCUGGAUCUUCUCCAGCGGCUCAUCUCUUACACUUUGCAAACUCAAUAAUUAACACUGCAUUAUAACUGUGUAGUGUUAGUUAGCAAAGUAUGGUGUACAACAGAGAUCUGUGUAUUCACUCUGAUAUAUAACUCCCUAUAUAUAAAUAAUAACUCCCUAUAUAUAAAUAAUAACUCCCUAUAUAUAAAUAAUAACUCCCUAUAUAUCCCUGAGAUACAGAAAUAUUCAGAUUUAAACGUUUAAAAAGAUUUUAUAGGUUCAGUCAAUAUACUAGUUGUUGAAAUCAGUGGUUGUGGUGAUUGUACGACGUGAUUAACGUUUGGUUGAUUCUGAUUGUUUAAUAUCAUUAUAAUACCUAAUAUCUCGCUACCUGUCGUUCACACUAGCACCGAUAAGCUCGUUAUCGAGGUCAUAUAGAUAUUAAAUGAAGGCCAAAGCCCAGAAUGUAUAACUACAUGGGACGUGUAAUGGUCACUUUCUAGUGUGAACAAAAGGUAAAGCGACUCGGGUUUGCGGUUUUAUUUCUAAAUGAUCGUUAAGUGAGGAAUAAAGGAGAGUCAAAUUAGUAAUCCAGGUAUUUUAAAGGUUCGGAUGCUAACGGCUCUCCUGUGGGUAAGAUCUAUAAUAUAUAUAAUUGAUGUAUUGAAUUUUUUUGUCUCUUGCCUGUAGAUGUUUACUGAUCAGCUCUGUUUGUCUGAACCCUGAGGGUUGAGUCAUAUACUUCACACACAGCUUUUAUUGAUAGCAGGCAAACCAGGCCGAACAGAAACCCCUCCACCCCCGAGAGACAUCGCAUUUUAAAACAGACAGGAAACGAUCGCCAUGACAACGUUGAUAUACUAUGAACCGCUUUGUGCGCCUGGAAAGAGCUUCAUCAUGAAACUCAAGCUUUUUAAGAAGCUAAGAGUAAUUUUCAGUUUGGUGCGGAAGCGGGUCAAGAAGGUAGAGAAGAUGCAGCUUGGUGCUUUAUAAUGUCUGGAUUUUCAGAUGAAGAGUUCUGGGCUUUGUGUUCUAGGAAGUAGGAAGAGCUUUGAGGGUGUUUCGUCAUGUUGUGGUGUAGCUUGUGAUUGAGAGACAUUAAGAUUGAAAGCUUGGGGGGGGGGGGUUUCCAAGGCACUCAAAUUGUACAGAGAAAAAUUAUUUCCAAGACAUUUUGGUUAAAAAUAGGAUUAAUAAAAAUGCUUUUUUACUUGAAGUAUUAAGUAAAUGUUGUCUGUUCCCUUUAUGUUCUUGUCAGAGCGCUUCAUUUAAGUUCUCAAUUUUUCUGGGAGGGGGGGUAUUUCGAACCUUGUCACCUUUUUCACCUCUUGUGAGUUUGCAGGUAUGUUGUUCUGUAAUAAGGACAAUAAACACACGUGCAUCCA